UGCCUGUUCCCUGAAUGCGACAAGACUUUCGGUCGUCGCGAGAACAUCCGGGCCCAUGUGCAGACUCACCUUGGCGACCGCCAGUACCGGUGCAACCACUGCAGCAAGUGCUUCGUGCGUCAGCACGACCUGAAGCGCCACGCUAAGAUCCACACCGGUGACAAGCCGUACAAGUGCCCCUGCGGCGCGGGCUUCGCUAGGCAGGAUGCCCUCACUAGGCAU